AUGGGCGAAACAUCCCGCUCGUCCCGUGUCGAUCCCAGUGAUGCCCUGGAGGUUCAAGAGCUCGCCUUUGAAUGGGCUAUGAGCUACGAUACGAAGAUUGAUUACACCAUUGUCACUGGAGAUGUUUUCACAGACAUGUCUCCCGAUGAUUGGAUUAAAUACUGUUCAAAUCCUCGUUUCCUUGGUGGCAAGCGAAUGACAACACAGCACUUGAUUGGAGCCGCCAAAUUUAUCAAGAUUUCAGAUACGGAGAUCACGACGCAUUACCAAGUGCGCGCCGCUCAUGUUCGUUGGAAGGAUGAUGCGCGGACACAGGAAGGUCUCAAAGGUCACGGUCAUGGAGAAUUGGUGCAGCACUACAAGAAGUUAGAUGGUAUUUGGAAACUUGCAGGCUGGAAACCAAGCUCAUUCUGGGAUGAACAUGAAUUUCCGAAAGUAGUUGAGUUCGGACUGACACAACCAUUGAGUGAGCUGUAG